GAUUCAAAAUCCUAAUUUUCUAAUUUAAAAUAUUAAUGACAUCAGUCAGAUCAGUGGAAUAAAGAAUUUUUACAAAGUGUUAAUAUAUUAUGAGUUUAAUUGACCACAAUAAAAUAUUUGGACUGUUUAAUUGAGAUUUAGAACGAUAUUGAUUGCAAUUUUGUAGAAAAAAAAUAAGGAUAAUUAUUUUAGAAAAUCAUAUAUAUUGAAUUAAAUGAAAACACAGAAAAUUAUAAUUAAUGAGAGAUAACAGUGAAUUUAAUGGCAAUUAAUGAUUUAAAAUAAAUAUAUUUAUUUUGGGAUUUUUAUUUGAUGACUUGUGAUUUUUUUCCAUAACAUGCUGUUUUAUAAUUAAAAAAAACUUUAGAUGUCUAGUUUAUCAAAUAGAGGUAUUAGAUGAUCUAACUUUUGUCACUUUAAACUUUUAUAUGUUUAUCUACCUCAAGUAAGCUGCCCCCAUUCAAUCCCAAAAAAACAAAUAAAAAGAAAUCAGAGAAAGCUAGCUAGGGUUUCUUCAAGUCACAACCGCCAUGAACCCAAAUUUUAGUCGUAGACACUCCAACAAGAAACGAAGACGGGUUGAUGAGAAAGCAGAUAGGAUCAGUGACUUGCCCGAUGCUUUGCUGCUUCUGAUAUUGUCCUUGAUCCCGACAGUAGAUGUCGUAAGGACUUGUGUUUUGUCGAAGCGAUGGACAUCUCUUUGGGAACAUGUGCCUAAACUCGACUAUAGUUACAAGACUGAUAAAAAAAUGUCACACCAAUUUGUUCAUAGGUUCUUGAUAUCACGUAAGCCGUGUCUUCUAGAGAGUAUGCGACUUAUCGUUGGAUCACAUUGUGAGGCUAUUAAUAUCCCCAUAUGGAUUAAAUAUGCGGUUGAACAUGGUUUGCGUGAGCUAGAACUCGAUCCUUACUCGGAAAAAGGAAAUAUCCGAUUACCAAGUAACAUCUACGCUUGUAAAACACUCGAGGUCUUGACGCUUAAGUACUGUGUUCACGUAGAUGUUCCUAACACUCUGGUUUGUUUCAAGUCCCUCAAGAUCCUAAAACUUCAACUUGUGCACUUCAAGAACGAUGAGUCAGUGCGUAGGCUUUUCUCAAGCUGCCCAAAUCUUGAAAAAUUGGAUGUUAAACGAUAUGUGGACAAUGUGGUAAACUUCACUAUCGAAGUACCGUCUUUAAAGAGUUUAACAAUACAUGAUUGUAGUGAUGGAGAUGGUCGAAGAGGGUAUGUGAUAAAUGCUCCUUAUUUGAACUACUUUUCAAUUAAAGGAAUGAAAGAUUAUGAGUUUUCUAUUGAGAAUAUGCCGGAGCUAAGAGAGGCAAAGAUUAUUGAUGUUUAUGAUAUAAAUACUGAGAAGAUUCUCCUACCUCUUGCCUCAUCAGUCAAACGUCUCUCCUUGUCUUUAUCACCUUUGGAGACUAGGUACGCUGAUAGUACUGUCUAUAGUCAGCUUGUAUAUUUGGAGCUAAGUACUAGUAAAACCGAGUGGUGGAAUCUACUUAUGGUUUUGCUAUUGAAUUCUCCUAAACUACAAGUUCUCAAGCUCUCGAGAGAUGAGCCCAAGAAAAGUCAUACGGAGCGCAUGUCUAACCCACAAUUUUACAAACCGGUUAAUGUUCCACCUUGUUUGUUAUUUUGCCUACAAAGAUUCGAGUGGGAAAGAUACAAUGGACUACAUGAAGAAGAAAGACAAGUUGCAAUGUACAUACUAACAAAUGCGAAACAUUUGAAGGAAGCAAGAUUUUCGACGAAAAACCGUGGUCUGGAAGAGAAAUUUGAGAUGCUAAAGGUGUUAGCUCGGGAGCCUAGGGCCUCACCUUCAUGUCAGUUUUUCUUUGAGUAAAAGUAAAAGAGGUUUCAUAGAUGAGAUGCAACUAAUGCAGUUUCAUCCAAGUAUAAUAAGAUUGUGUAUCCUUUCAUACCUCAGUUCAAACUUUUGAGAUUCACAUUUCA